AUGAAUCAUAUCAUGCAAACAUGGAAUACAAAAUUAUCCAAUCAACAGAAAUCGCCGUCUUGCAGGAGAAUAUUGUCGUCAGAUAAUCUAGCUUCGCCAGUGAUUGCUGACUGUGGUACAUGGAGGACUAGAAUGCUCGCUAAGGUGAAAGAAUGCCGCGAUGCGAUCAAGAACAUGAUGGCCUUCGACAAGAUUCCAAACAACGUUGAAACUGCACGAGGCCUGGAUAAUUCCAAUAUUCCGCCGAGAGCAACAGCUUCUAUGUCCUCGAUACCGGAUAUCAUUACGUUCAGCAGUAUCGCGUUGAAGCAUAAGGAUUACGAUUACGAGCCACUUCUAACGGACAACUUGAAUUCGGAUGACGUAGAGAAGAUGAAUGCAUCCGACGAACGAUUAGACGAUAUGAAGAACACGAACAACAACGAUUCGUUCGAUCGUUUCGUUUUCGGUGAUCGUACGACCAGUAGCUCAUUACAGUCGUUCUUAACGCUGGAAAAAAAAAUCAACGAUGAGUAUUUCGAAGAGGAAAACACGUAUACUAUUAAGAAAAAAAUUUCUGCAGAACCGUUUCUUUCUUACACUGAUGGAGUCACGGAAUUCGUUUGGACGGAUGAUACGAUGGAGGAGAGUUUUCCUGGAAAAGCUUCGAACUCUCUGGAUCACUUGAAUUCCUCUGAUAUUGGCUUCGAGAAUCCACGCAUUAACUCAACGUUCUGUGAGAAUUCUCACGUGAAGCAGAAUCGUACGUCGUCCCCAAUUCGAAGAUGUCUCUUCCAGGAUUCUGGUUACGAAAAUAAUUUCUCUAUAUAA